CUCCUAAACAACCGCCUCCAUUUCUCAUUCUCUCUCUCUCUCUAAAAAAAACCAAAUCCAGAGUCAGAGGAAACAGAGAGAAGAGAAAAUCUCUCAUGGCUCUUUCAAACGCCUCCUCUCUCUCCACCAGAUCUAUCUACGGCGGCGGCGACGCUCGUAUUUCUCACCGUCAAAGCAACCGUCAAUCAUCCUUCACAUUUCAUCCCGUCGUCAACACCAAGCUUAAGUCCGUUAACCUCGUUACGGCGGUACACGCGGCUGAGCCAGCUAGAAACGCUGUUUCAGUUAAGGAAUCCGUUGCGCCGUCGUCGUCUGGUGCAUUGAAAUGGACUCCAGAGAGCUGGAAAUUGAAGAAAGCUCUGCAACUUCCUGAUUACCCUAACGCUAAUGAGCUUGAGUCUGUUCUUAAGACGAUUGAGGCUUUUCCUCCGAUUGUUUUCGCCGGAGAAGCUAGGAAUCUUGAAGAGAGAUUGGCUGAUGCUGCUGUAGGUAAAGCUUUUCUUCUCCAAGGAGGUGAUUGUGCUGAGAGUUUCAAGGAGUUCAAUGCUACUAAUAUCAGAGAUACCUUUAGGGUUUUGCUUCAGAUGAGUAUUGUUCUUACAUUCGGCGGCCAAGUUCCGGUCAUUAAGGUUGGGAGGAUGGCUGGUCAAUUUGCUAAGCCUAGAUCUGAUCCAUUUGAGGAGAAGGAUGGAGUGAAAUUACCUAGCUACAAGGGAGAUAACAUCAAUGGUGACACUUUUGAUGAGAAAUCUAGAAUUCCUGAUCCUAAUAGGAUGAUUCGUGCUUACACACAAUCUGCUGCUACUUUGAAUCUUCUUAGAGCCUUUGCCACUGGAGGUUAUGCUGCUAUUCAAAGAGUUACUCAAUGGAACCUUGAUUUUGUUGAACAAAGUGAGCAAGCUGACAGGUACCAGGAAUUAGCUAACAGGGUUGAUGAGGCCUUGGGGUUCAUGUCUGCUUGUGGACUUGGCACGGAUCAUCCACUCAUGACUACAACUGAUUUCUACACAUCACAUGAGUGUUUGCUUCUUCCUUAUGAACAGUCGCUUACAAGGUUGGAUUCAACUUCUGGUCUGUACUAUGAUUGUUCUGCACACAUGGUGUGGUGCGGAGAGCGUACCAGACAAUUGGAUGGUGCUCAUGUCGAGUUUCUCAGGGGGAUUGCUAAUCCUCUGGGCAUUAAGGUGAGCAACAAAAUGGAUCCCAAUGAGCUGGUCAAGCUAGUAGAAAUCCUGAAUCCUAACAACAAGCCUGGAAGAAUCACUGUAAUUGUGAGAAUGGGUGCCGAGAACAUGAGAGUUAAGCUUCCCCACCUGAUCAGAGCAGUCCGCAGAUCAGGCCAGAUUGUGACAUGGGUCUGCGAUCCAAUGCAUGGAAACACCAUCAAAGCACCUUGCGGUCUUAAAACACGUGCCUUUGACUCAAUCCUGGCUGAAGUCCGAGCAUUCCUUGAUGUGCACGAGCAAGAAGGAAGCCACGCGGGCGGUAUCCAUCUUGAGAUGACAGGCCAGAACGUGACAGAAUGCAUUGGAGGGUCCCGCACUGUGACCUACGAUGACCUCAGUUCUCGCUACCACACACACUGUGACCCAAGGCUGAACGCGUCACAGUCUCUUGAACUGGCCUUCAUUGUUGCAGAACGGCUCAGGAAGAGAAGAACCGGUAGCCAGCGAGUGUCUUGAGUGCGGUUUUUCCUUAAUAUACACUUUUUGAUUCCAAGAAACUCUUUUCUCUUUGUUCUGUGAGUUGGUGUCUUUAUGACUAAGUUAAAAGCCCAAAAGCCUCUCUAGGAGGAGUAAACCUGUUUCUGCUGU